CCCCUGCCUCAAUGACUUGAGCUCCUCAGCUCUCCAGAAAAUCUUCUCUUCAGGGUGGAGUGAUCUGGGAUAUAAAAAGUAUCCCCUAUACACUAGGGUGAGGGCUGGCUUACAAAACCAAGCCUGUUUCUCUUAGCCCUGCCCCAGCAUUCCUGAUAACCACAGCUGGGGGACAGCUAUAAUUUUCCUGGUUUAUAUAUAGAGGGAGAAGCUGUGCCUCAGGCAAGAACUAUAUAAAAGGGGCUGGCUACCUUUCCAAGGCUGCAAAUGCAGGAGAGCUGAGGGUCUCCCUCUCCUGGAGAUCAUGGACACUUCUUACCCACGGGAGGACUACCUGCCCAUGACGUCCCACAAACAGGACCAUUCUUCCACUGUCAUCACCAUUGGAUCAUCCGUGGUACCCCAGGACCACCUGAUUUGGUCCAUCUUUAACACCAUCUACAUGAACCUCUGUUGCUUUGGUUUUGUGGCUCUUGCUUACUCCAUCAAGGCGCGGGACCAGAAGGUGGCAGGUGAUGUGGAAGCAGCUCGCCGCUUCAGCUCCAAGGCCAAAUGCUACAACAUCCUGGCAAUGGUGUGGAGCCUACUGCUGCCAGUGCUACUUGUUGCCCUGGCAGUCACUGGUGUGAUCCACUUCACCAAGCUGGUUCAGGAGUCCAUGAACUUCUUCAACUAUGAGAUCAUCACCAUUGAAGAUGACAAGAAGUGAGACAGGGGCUUCAUGGGUUCCUGGGAGCUCUCGUGGGGCACUCCUAGCAGUGUUCCACAUGGACGGCAAUCCAGCAUGACCCAGCUGAAUGGGACACUGUGCAUGGCCAGCUGCUGCUAUAACCCAGGGCAGCUUUCCCAUAUCCCUGCAGCUAUGGUAUCCAUGUACUUUGGAACUCGCUUCACAGCUCUCCUUGUGGUGUGGCAUGGGAUCUGAAAACAGUUCCCCUGUGCAUCCUUGUGGCCUGUGUGGACUUACAUCCAUACAGCUGAGUCUGUGCAGUGGUCUCCUCAGGCCUGGCCCCUUUUGUCUUCCCCACCCUCUCUCCUCAUUCGACCUUGGCUUGUCUUGGGACCACUGUUCCCUUUUUCCCACUGCCAAAGACACAAAUCCAUUUCAACACUUUCCUUAGGCUCCCCCCCCCCAUCUUUGGUUGUUUAUUUCGAGUAAUGUUGGCUGUCUCUCAGUCUAACCAUUCUUGUAGCUAUUUAAGUGAUUAAAUAAUUUCAUACAUCUUGAGUCUCAUGUGUGUCUGGGAAAGGGGGGCAGUUUCUCAUUGGUAAUGGACACGGAGCAUUUUCUUGAUUACUCUUAAGUUUUCACUUCCAACUCUUGUUUACCAGCAGGAGAGAGAGAAAUGCAUUGUGCUUUAUAUUGUAAACCCAGAUCUUCACACAAUCACAGGAAUUCAAGAGCUCUGGCCCCUGAGCAUGGGUCUAUAGAGCCUAAUCAACC